AGUACGGUAUUGCAGAUGUAGGUUUAGUGCUGUAAGUUAUCCCGUAGCGUGCGUGAAACAGUGAAUACUACAGAGGUGAUGCACAGUGACACUGCGCUUGUCGUCGUUGGAAUUAAGUUGAUUGCUGCGCUGUGAUUAAAAAGAAAAAAAAUUGGAAACCGAGAAUCCACUGUCUGUCCGUCGUGGGGAAACGCGAACAUCAUAAUUCCGUUCAAACCAAAUCUAAGCGAUACCUCGUUCGAAUUAUUUUGAUUGCUGCGCUGUAUCCGGAAACUCGGAGAAUUCACUGUUCUCCGGAGGGAAGCGUGAGCAUCAUAAUUUCGUUUAAAACAAUUUUAAGUGAUACCGAUUGGAAUGGAUGAAGACAGUGAUUCGUCACUACGUUCGAAAUAUGCGUUGCCUCGUCAAUCGUCGAAGUCGUCCACCAAUGGCCGAGCGAAUCGUUCUGCAGCCGACGCGGUUUCUGAUGCUGAUGAAAGCGUUCAGAAAAUGUGUCUUGAUGUCGAACUUAAUGCCCUUCUGCAGAGGAAGGCCGAUGAUCAAAAGCUGACUGUUCGCAAUGUCAAAACCAUUUUGAGACACAUAAUUACGAACGAAGAUGUUCUGAAAAUGGUACGGGAUUCCAUUCAAGGUGAUGAUAUAUCUUUGGAGGAGGAAUCUGACGGAAACAGUUGCUACACUCCCAAGCUUACUCGCGCUAAAUUCAAGGAGAUGAUGCGUGGUUCGCGUUCAACUGUGCAGAAAUUAUCUGUGGACGAUCUUGAAGCGGACGCAGCAGCAGCGUUGCUAUUGAAGGAGUUCGGUGAAGAAGGAAGUUCAAGUGAUGAAGAAUAUAAUCCUGAGGAAGUGGAGAGUGAAGCUGAUAGUUGCACAUCAUUGAGUGAGAUCGGCUCACCUUCUUUUGGUACUCCACGAACACCAACUGUGGAAUCCACGCGUGUGAAGCUAUUGUCAAAUGAAUUUAGUGGACCUCGAAGCAUGAAACAUUCGCCAAUGUCAAUGGACGCAAACGCUUGUUCGCCUUGUGUUUCCACUCCGUCCCGUGAUUCCGUAAAUGCGCGCAAAUCUUUGGAGUUUCCGGUGCCUAAGGAGGAUGUUAUCAGUUUGCGCACGAGGUCGCGCCAUCCCAUGAAAGAUACGACAGUUGAAAGUUUUGAACUUUCGUUUAUCCCUCCGGAUAUAACUCCCGAUAUGUACGACACAGAGGUAGAUAAUCCUGAUUGGGCCGAAUUUCUACGGGAUUUGGUUUUGAAACCACCUCAAGCCGCGGCGGACCCUGCUGAAGACGAUGAUGGUGAUCCAGAAUUCAAUGUUGUAGAAGCUGAAGAACCGCCAGACCCCGAAGAGACGGCCAACACAGCAAGGAUGCGAAUUUCGAAACGAGAGCUUAAUGAUUUGUUGUCCGAACUCUUCGAAGACGAUUUAUUUGAUGAUUUACGUCCGACUCUUGAAAAAGGAUCAGAAACCAAGCCCGAAGAAUCCAAGAGAGCAGAACGAACCUUCGAAUCCGAAUUUGAAAACUUCGCACAGGCUUCAGAAGGGUCUGAUGACGACGAAAGUUUCGACCCGAAAUCAAAAGAACUUUUCAGCCAAAAUCAGCUUGACCUUUUGUAUGACCAAAUGGCGAGACACGUCCAUCUUCUGACACAAACUUGGUAUUUGUGUGCGGGCAGCCCAUGUCUUGAAUAUGUUAGACAUGCAUGUCGAACAUCAUUAAUGGACAUCAAUGAUUUACGUCACGAGCCCCCGGUUUGUGACGGGGAAUCUCUCCCUGUAUCCAAAUCGGUACCCUUUUCCUUCUUCGCCGUUCCCAAUUUACCAGCUGCGAUGAUGGAAAUUGGUGAAAAAGACUCAGAAGAAGUAGAUGAAAAUGUUCAUCCUGACACAAAAUUUGUGCAUAAUCGUUAUCCCGGCUUGAAAAUACCCAUCUCAAUCGCAAAAAAUUUGUUGGAAUCGAGGGCGCUCAUGUUCCCGGAAAUGUUACCUACAAGGAUGCCGUUAUGCUUCGGAAAGAAACCAACUGACCCGUGUCCGUGUUUGAGCAAUCGUGUCCUGUUAUUCUCUCCGGCGGAGGAUCGGCUCAUUGCGCUAGGAUUGCGAGAAUUCCUUCCGAUUGUGGAAAAAAAUUGUCCAUCAAGGUUCAGGGGCGGAAGGAAGAAGACUUGGAUUGGUCUGCGAUCUAUCGCCUUCUCUAGAGCUGCCGCAUUGAUUGAGAAGCACCUCAUGCCCGCGAGGAAUGUGAACCAGAUCGUUGUUCGCGUUAAAAAUGUUUCUUCUACCCGACGUUGCAGUGACGAAAAUCCAUUGUCGGUUUUCGUAAGAACUGGAAUUCUGCCGUCAGUUUCGCAUCCCGAAUAUCUGGUCCAGAGAUUCGUUGAAUCAACUCCGUUGAUAAUUAAUCCCAUUCAGAACUUCCCGAUUGUGUGGCAGAAACUUGUGACUGAUGCAAAGGUGCAUUGCGGCCUUGCUGAACGAAAAUUGUCACCGUUGAAGUCGAAACCUUCUGUGAAACUUGGUCGAAAGUUCAAGAGUGCUCCAAGUUUGAUUCCGAAGAUAGAUUUAUUCGCUCACCUACCGGAGCAAACAUAUGUUGUUAAUAUGAUGCACCAGGAAGAAAAUCAUUCAUUUCCAGAGGACUCCUCUGCGCAUAUGGAACCUGAACCUUUCCCUGCAUCGGAAAGCAACGAAGGUCAAAAAGAUAAUGAUCCAGAACCGAACAAUGACGAUGUUGACGAAUGUGCAGAGUCAAAAAUUCUGCCGGUUCAUCAAGUUUCAAACGAAUUCCUACCAGCUGCUGUUCAGCAGGUUAUUCUGGAAGUUAAUGAUCCCACGUCCAAGUCGAACACUCCAGUACGCAAAUCCAGGACUCUUGUUUCUCGCUCAAAAUCGAAAGAACCUUCAACUCCCGAAGAAAAACCCGUCGAUCCUUUGGAUGAUUUGAUGAAAGCAAGCACAACUGUGAAGAAGCCUACGAGGAAGAGUAAGAAAAUCAAGGAAACAGAAGCUUCGUUGAAAAUGCUGGCUGACGAGGAUCCUGAAGUGGAAGAGCAGCGUGACGAUCAGCUGGUGUAUCAGUUCUUAUUCAAACUGCACGAAACGCUGUCGCAAGAUGGGAAAGACCAUGUUUACAGCCAGUUCUAUAAAAUCAUGCUGGAAUUUGACGACGCCGCGCCGUUGGUGGACCGUAUCAAGUUUUUUCACCGUGUGGAAACCUUUCUCGACGGUUAUCCUGAUCUCGUUUCUGAAUUCCUAACGUUUGUGGGAGCUGACGUGGCAUUUGCCCUCGAUCGCUAUGAAGAAUACAGCUACGCCCAGACGAUGCGAGAGUUUUUGCGUUGCUUAGAGGUACACUUUGCGCAGCAACCCCAGCACGUUCAGAAGAUUACCAAGGCAAUAACGCAGUUGUCGAGCGGAGAGACGGAUUUGGUGACAAAGCAAAAUGUCAGAAGUAUUGUACAACCUUUGUUGCGUGGAAAUCCACAUCUUCUGGAUCUUUUCACUUCGCUGCUAAGGUGUGAGCAGCCUCCUGAAAGCAUGUUUCAAGAAAUAGAUUUCGAAGAAGUGAACAUACUGGGAGACGAAUCAAAUGGCUCAUCGAAUGAUGAUGACACGGGUGAGCAGAAGAUUAUUCAGAAAGACGAUGACAGUAAUUCUGGAGGAGAUGAAGAAAUGAGACUCGUCGAUGAAGAGUCGGAAAGUUUUGGUGGUUCGUCAUGCCCGUGUAAGUGUCACGAUGACGAUGACCCCAAGUUCAAAGCACGUUUGCGGCAUUGUGUUCCGUGCGGAGUGAAAUAUGUGGAAGGGGGUGCCUACGUGAAGGUGGGAAAAACGCUGCGACCAGCUAAGGUUUCGUACAUAUAUCGGCCGCAAGUGAACUCUAAGUCGCCUGAGGAUGCUGAUGGUUCCAAAUCGCCACAGCCAACAAAAACCAGUGCGAAGAAAACAGCGAAGUCAAAACAAAAGAAGGGAACUCCACCACAGAAACCUGGGAGGAAGUCAGAUACCACCCCCCGUCCACGUGGAAAAACCACGCCGCCAGACGAUUCGCGUAGAGGUACGCCCCGUAGGUCUAGCCUAACCCCGGGCAGUGAUGGCCCUGGAUCUCGGAAACGCAAAUCGCUUCCGCAGACAUCACCAGGAGAAAUCCAGACUUCGAUAGCAUCUUCGUCGACAUCUGAUUCUGGUGUCCAGCCAAAAGUUCGAAAAACCUUGCAUUUGUCUGGUAGGAAGAACACCCAGAACUUGACAAAGCAAUUUGCGACGCCUGCAAAAUCUGUCGAGGUACCGAAGCCGCCCGGGUCAUCAGGAUAUAAGCUGCCUGAUUUCUCGUCUAUGGAAUUACCAGGAAUGACUCCUUGGAAAACCGAUCCACUUCAACCGAUAACACAAGAUGACAAUGAUAUGCUUGAGACGCCAAAGCCAGAUUUCAAGUCAUAAUUAACCUUCGAAUUCAGUGGCAGCCGUUCGCGAUUCAUUUUUCUCAGCCGUUGUACCUCUAUUUAAUGAUGAAAAUGAUAUGAGUGGUUUGGUAUCUAAAUUAUGCAACCGCUUUAUUUUGUUAAUUUCUCAACUGGCUACUCUACUAAUCUGGGAACUGGUUUAGGCCUACAGUAUUUCAUAAAAUUACAGUGGGUCGCUGCAUAAUUGUAGCAAAUUGUUCCUCGAUGUGUUUUGUUAUGCAGAAUUUCUGUUAUCCCUUAAGAUUACAUCGUUAAUGAAUCAAUUUGUUUCAGUCACAAAAAAUACCUUAGUAAACCUUGAAAUUUGUUCAUUUUCAGCAUAAAAUUAUGAAUUUAAAAUUAGUUCGCCUGAAAUUGAAGUAAUCAUGGUAACGUGCUAGUGAUUUUCUGGAUUUCCCAAUUUAUAAAGAUAAGAAUAUGUAACAGUAAACUCAUUUAUUUCAUUUCCCUCAUUUUUUUCUUUUCUGAAGUUCGAGAUAAAAUUGUAUGAAAUUAAAUGAAUUUUUGGCCGAGAAACUCUGUAAUGUGAAGCAAUUUCAUUAUGUGCGUCAUUUAUUUUCCUAGGAAUUUUUGUUAAGCGAAUUUUUUGGUACGCAGGUCUUCUGCUGUGUGAGAGUCACUGUAAAAGGAAAUUAUAGUACUGUACAUCAGUCCUGCGUUUUUUUUGAGCGAAAUGAUGAAAGGAAUUUUUGGAUCUAUUACUUUUUUGCCCGCCACUUAUUUCUUUCUUGCUCUGGAGCUAUCUCCGCGUUGUUCUGUCUUUUCUGUCUUAAGGUAUCCUUUGUAUGUCUCCCAGAUUCUCUACUUCUGUUGCACCCAGCUUC